GGAAGGUGUAUGAGAUAUUUACAUCCCUCUCAGUUGAUCCUGGGAUGAAAAAAUCUGCUGUGGACCAACUGGCCAUUAUACACCAAGAUCCUUCCUUGCAUGCAGCCUUCAAAAAAGAUGGUGGGGUGGAAAAUACAUCCAGCUCGGUGUGCUCAAAGACAGCGACUCUACUACAGUAUGAAGCUUUCUCAAGAUACAACCUACCAUUCCGGCCCGGCCCACUAUCCACUAUUAGAAAAGUCCACUUAAAAUGCUGCCGGCCGCUGAACCUUAAACUGAUGGGAGUCACAUGGAAUGUAGCAUGGCAUGAGGGAAUAUAUACUUGUCGGGAACCAUGGCCAAUGCUUAGGAUUCGGAUCUGGAAUACAACCUACCAUUCCGGCCCGGCCCACUAUCCACUAUUAGAAAAGUCCACUUAAAAUGCUGCCGGCCGCUGAACCUUAAACUGAUGGGAGUCACAUGGAAUGUAGCAUGGCAUGAGGGAAUAUAUACUUGUCGGGAACCAUGGCCAAUGCUUAGGAUUCGGAUCUGGAGUGGCCAAUGCAGCCAGAGAGUUGGUGACUCAGAGUCAGUCACUAAGGAGUCGAGCCUUAUCGCAGUUAAUGAUGAAAGAACUCACCAGUGCACUUCCAGUUUUGCAGAUAUAAUUUUUAUUGAAUUUCAAACAAGAUUUCAAUGGUAUUUAUUAGAAUGCAUACAUGCGAGUACCGGUAUCAAACAAAUGCAUUUCGAUUCUUGAGAAAUAAAUACUUUUUAUCCUAU